ACAGCUGGCCCCCGAAAGGACACUCCCCAAGUCCCCUGCUGGGGGCCCCGCGUAGACCUGGAGCGGACACCCCCUCCUUCCCUUCAUGAUUCGUUUGUAGCACAGUGGCGAUGGAUGAUGAGGAUGGGAGAUGCUUACUAGACGUGAUUUGUGACCCUCAGGCCCUCAAUGACUUCUUACAUGGAUCCGAGAAGCUCGAUGGUGACGACCUCCUGGAUAAUCCUGGGGAGGCCCAAAGUGCCUUCUAUGAAGGUCCUGGGCUCCACGUGCAGGAAGCUUCUGGCAACCACUUGAACCCGGAGCCUAGCCAGCCAGCCCCCAGCGUGGACCUGGACUUCCUGGAGGAUGACAUCCUGGGCUCGCCCUCCGCGGGGGGCGGCGGCGGCGGGGGCGGGAGCGCCGACCAGCCCUGCGACAUCCUGCAGCAGAGCCUCCAGGAGGCCAACAUCACCGAGCAGACGCUCGAAGCCGAGGCCGAGCUGGCCCUGGGCCCCUUCCAGCUGCCCACGCUGCAGCCCGCAGAUACAACUCAUUUUUGUGUGAUUUCCCGUAAACAUCCCGCCGGGGCCCCCGGGCCCCAGGCCCUCUUCCCGGGGGGCACAGACCUGCUGGGACUACAGGCCCCGCCCACCGUGCUGACCCACCAGGCCCUGGUGCCGCCCCAGGAUGUGGUCAACAAAGCCCUGAGCGAGAGGAGCCAGCAGCCCCUCUCCGCGGAGGGCCCCCACCUGUCCGUGCCCGCCUCGGUCAUAGUCAGCGCCCCAGCUCCUGCCCAAGACCCAGCCCCGACCACCCCCGUCGCCAAAGGAGCCGGCCUUGGCCCUCAGACCCCCGACGGCCAGGCCUCCCCGGCGCCAGCCCCCCAGGCGGCUGCUUCGCUCUUGUAG